GCGCGCCGAGCAGACGGACACGUACGACUGGGUGGCCGACGAGCUCGAGGAUCUGCUGGGGACGAUGCGGGACUCGAAGGCCCCCGUGCUGGCGGAGGACGGCGAGCUCCAGCCGAGCGGGCUCCAGCCGGAGCCGCCGCUGCCAGGCGGAGCCCCGCCGGGCGCACCGCAGCCUGCUGGCCUGCAGCCGCCGGCCGAGCCCCGGCAGGGCGAGGCGCCCCCGGGCGAGGCGCCGCCGCGGCCAGACGAGCUGCGGCCCGGCGUCGAGGCUCAGGCCGCGGCUGCCCCGGGCCCGGCGGCCCCCGCGCCCGAGGGCGAGCUGCCCGCCGCCCCCCUCGCGACGGCGGCGAACUCGCUCUACACGUCGGUCGGCAUGGUCCCCGCGCCGGCGGAGUACGGUGAGGGCACGUUCAUCGCCAGCUCGGCGCAGAUCGAGAGGAUCGUGGAGGUCAGGUUGCAGAAGGUGCAGGCAAGCCUCAACGCGCUCAAGAGAUACACCAAGGAGCUGGAGACGGAGCUGAACGAGCGGGAGGAGGAACUGGACAAGGUGAUCCACGACCUUCAGUCGGAGCAGGCGAGGCGCAAGAGCGUCGAGGACGAGCGCGACCUGCUGCAGCAGCAGCGCCAGAUCCUGGAGGCAAAGAUGGUCGAGGAUAUGCAGAGCCAGGCGGACGCCGAGACCGAGGUGGAGGAGAUGGACCGCAAGGCCGAGGAGGUCGCAGAGGCGCUGGCGCGGGGCGAGAUAUCGGAGGAGGAGGCCGUUGCCAUCGAGGAGGAGCUGAUCCGCGCACAGGCCAAGCGGCUCGCUGCCCAGCAGGUGCAGGAGAGGAACGCGAGGGACAUGGAGGGCCUCAAGAGGCAGGCCGAGGAGGCCGCGAAGCGCGCCGACAAGGCCAGCGCGGACGCCGAGCGGCUGCAGCAGCAGCUGGAGGCGCUGCAGGCGGAGGUGCGGCGCUCCCGGGAGGAGAAGGAGGCCGAGACGCAGCUCAAGGAGGCGGCGGAGCUCAAGUUCAAGGGCCUGAUCUCGAAGCUGCAGGCACGGGUCACCACGGACGGCGCCGCGUGA